UCAUGUACGGUGAAAAGUCAAGUGAUUGGUGGAACCGCUGCAAGCUGCUGGUGAGGGAGUUUUGCCGUGAAAGUUCAAUCCAUGGGUGCAAGUACAUCGUUGGGGCCAACAGGGCUUUGAUAGAGAAAACUUGGUGGCUCAUCGUGUCCGGAAUAUCACUGUACGGGUGUGGUAGUCUCAUCCACAACGUGUACGUGAAGUGGCAAUCCGACCCGGUGAUCGUCAGCUUUGCCUCCAAGCAGGUUCCGAUCUUCAAGAUACCGUUUCCUUCGGUGACGAUCUGUCCGGAGAACAAGGUCAAGAUGACACACAUCAACAUUUCUCAGUCGUACUACGAUGCAAUCGAAGGGAAUCUUACGGAGCGAUCAGAUCCGGAGCGGUUCAGGAAGCUGCUCGCCAUGCUGCAGGUCUGUGACUUUAUGAUGUACGAGAUCAUCAAGAACGAAACGUACGACGACGAAUGCAUCAAGUGGCUGCAGCGAAUGAAGACCCCUCUGGAUGAGAUUUUCGUCACAUGUCAGUGGCGUAGCGAGGACGUCAACUGCACGCAAAAGUUUCAACCCACGUUGACCGCCAAAGGCAUGUGUUAUACGUUCAACUCGCUGGCCGCUGAAGAUAUGUUGCGCACGUCGGAGCUCAACACCGAGUACCAGUAUCUGGCGGAGACCCGGAGAAUCACAAACUGGACUUUGGAUCAAGGGUAUUCUUUUGGAUCAACGCAAGGUGUCUACCCUCAACGGGUGCUCGGAGCAGGAGUUGGUGGGGGAUUGCACGUUCUGAUCAAAGCGAACAUCAGCGAUAUGGAUUACCAGUGUAGCAACACCUUCCAGGGAUUCCGUGUGAUGCUGCACACUCCGAUCGAGUAUCCUGAGCUAAAUCUGCGCAGUUUUCGCGUUCCACUGGACCAAGAAGUGGUUGUUUCGGUUAUUCCGGAGGUCGUUGAAACAUCUGCCGAAGUCAAGGACUAUUCACCCGAAGGUCGACAGUGUUACUAUGCGAACGAGCGACACCUGCGAUUCUUCCGGGUGUACAGUCUGGAAAACUGCCAAAUGGAAUGUCUUACAAACUACACGAUUGAACGCUGUGGCUGCGUAAAGUACUCCAUGCCGCGACCUCCGGAUGUACGAAUUUGUGGACUGACCAAGGUCAAAUGCUACCAACGAGCCGUUGUGGAGAUGCUCAAGUCCAAGGCUAAUAUGGUCAAAUUUGAGAAUCCUCGCUUCAAGGAUUCGUGCAAUUGUCUGGCAUCGUGUACCACGAUCCAGUACAACGUCGAACUAUCUCAGUCCAACUUCAACUGGCAUAAACUGCUUCCGGCUACCAAACGUUUCUUGAAUGGUGUCGAAGGAACCCAAGUAUCGAGCCUAUUAGUCAUGUUCAGGACAGAAGGAUUCAUUCCGGUGGUUCGAAGGGAGCUGUACGGAACGACCGAUCUUCUGGCGAACGCCGGAGGUCUGCUGGGACUGUUCAUGGGUAUCAGCAUCCUUAGUCUGGUGGAGAUUCUGUACUAUUGCUCGAUCAAACCGUUGGUUCUGUGGUGGAAGGAAUUAAACAAAGUUGCAACCGUCAAGCAGGUCACUCCAAUUGUAGGAGGAGUCAAACCUAACGUUGUUGGAAUGUUUUACAUAAAGUGAAUCCCUGAAGGAAUAGUCAGUUUGGAGUGUUUAUUUUAAUCUAAUCACUUGAGCAAAAGUCAACAAAGGACUGCUCAAUUUAUACAGCAAUUCCAUUUGAAAAGAGCCUAAACCGAAAAAAAAGUUCUCCGAUCGGGCUCAAAAUUUUUCUGGGGGUUCCUUGGCCAAAAUAAUUAGACCCGUAUUUUUUUGUUUGGCCAUUAGGGUGACCUACAUCGUGCUAGGGUGGUUCGAAAAAUGGCAAUUUUCGUCAUUUUUCGCAAAAACCACUUUUUUCGAAAAAUCAUAUCUCCGCGCCAUUUCAUCCGAUUUUAGCUGUCCUAGACGCAAAAGAAAGGUGAUGAGUUUGGCUAUUUGGGAAAAAUAGUAAGAAGUUCCAAAAAUCUAGCUUAACUAUUGAAAAAGUCGUAUGAAAACUUAAAAUGGCGUUUUGCCCGUGUCUGGACCAAAGAGCCUAUGUCUGAAAAUAUUUUUAUCGGAUUCCUCGGAAAAUUUCACAUAAAAUAUCAAAAAAUUGGCGAUGUCGAACCGUACGUUUCAGAGAUAUGAUUUUUUGAAAAUAAAAACUGAGUUUUUCGACGCGC